AUGAGCUCUCCCUCAGAUUCAAGAGGCUUGUGGCAAAACCAAGGUUCUAGCAGCCGGGAUCCAAGUCCGUUGUCAGCAAGAUUCGCUAGUCGACAUCUGCUGCGCAGAGUAAGCAGAAACCCAUUCGAUGACAACUACGUUGAUCCUGACGAACAUGCUCAUCUCACUGCAAAUGUUUCUGGAGAUAAUUCUUUUCAUCAGUCCCCAGAUCAUUCACACCGCCUAUCUAUUCUUUCGACCAACCAUGCUGAUCGUUCUCACACUGCUGCCCGCCAGUCGUCAUCGUUCAAUCCGUUUCGUGACCAAGAGCCCAACUCCAACCCUCCUAUACCCGAACCCAAAUCAUUCAUAGACGAGGCUACUAAAGCAAGUGACUUUGAAGCUUUACAAGAAGGCUUGAACUUUGCUCUUGGGUCUCACGAUAAGCACGCAAACUGGUUUCCAGUGAAUGAAAACAAGAGCUCCGAAGAUAUACGCCGACAUGUCUCCAACACAAGUGCUGAGGCGGAUUUGGCACAUGCAUAUCUGAAUGAUGAUGUCUACACUGAAACAAUUCCGUUGGAAAAUUUACCGUCAAACAGCCCACUUCACCAACACCCAUCUUUGAUUGAUUCUUCUUCUACUCCAUUUCCAUUCCAUAAGGUAGAUAAGAAAGGUCCCUCCCGUCGUGCUCCUCCAAACUUGACAGUCAUACCUCCCCAAGAUUUGGAAAGUGGCCGUCUAUCGCCUAUGACUCCUCAACUUGCCGUUGGAACCCCAACCUCCAAAUUUGCUGAUGUGUUGGUUCGUGUAUCAGACCGUAUAGCAGGGUCUGGAAACGUAGCCAAAUCUCCCACAAUUGAAACUCCUCAUCUACCACUAUCAAGGGAAAAUUCUAGUCUCAUGAAACCCGAUGACAAUCAUUCGUUGCAGCCUCACUAUCUGGGUAGAAACGACCUGUUCUCUGAGUAUUUGCGUGGGGAAAACAAUAGUGUUCCCGACGUUACGAUCACCGAUGAAAAUAACAAAACGAAUCGUGCGGACGAUGAGAGUGAUUUGGGUGGUCUUGGACUUUAUUUGAGCAACGACACAUUCGCAAACAAACCGAAGCAUUCAUCACCGAAAAAAGAUCACACGGAUCAAUUGUCUGAUCCAGGUACUAUUGCCCCGCCCAUCGCUAGGUACCCAAAGCAAGGUGAGUUCCCCAUACAAGAUUCCCUUUACCUUUACGGAAAAUCUUUGAAGAUAUUUCCUCCUUCAUCACCCAUAAGACGUUUUGCUUACGGAGUUUCCUGUAAUCUGUUCACGAAUCUCUUUCUUUUGGCCUUACUUCUGUUUCAGGUCGUCCUUCUAACUUACAGACAGUGGAAUCCUCCAGCUCUUGACGGGUACUUCUACUCUGGUUAUAACUGGGCAGAUUACACUUUGAUUGGUGUCAAUUUGAUCUACACGAUAGAGAUUAUUCUCAAAUGUAUUGCAUUUGGGUUGAUAGACGAUAGCCAGAUGUACGCCGAACUAGGAAUAGCAAGGGAGAUCGAUAGAAGGCUGCUUUUCAGACCUUAUUACAUUAUCAAAUUUCUCGAGUAUCUUCGAUUGAAAAAUCCUCGAAAGCGAAAGUACAUUGUGCCUGGUAAAGGUAAGUUUCACGAUAGUGCUUAUGAUUCUAGCGAUGAAGGAGAUCACGGAAUUGAUAAUCUGGGGAAUAAUGGUAAGGAAUCAACCGACCAGGCAAAUCGGGGAAUCCACACCAUUCAGGACAAAUAUUCUCGGCUGUCCAUAGACGAACGAGCAGGCUUGCUGGAAGGGAAUCCGCCUGUAAAGACACAACUAUUACCUUCCAAUACGUUGAUGCUACCAAAGAAAGAGAUCGACAUUGAUGCCUUGCACUUGAAAAGGGCAUACUUGAAGAACAGUUGGCAGCAAGUCGAUUUUAUUUCCAUGGUAACUUUUUGGAUAUCUUUAGCGUUGUCCAUCGAUCAUUAUGAUGCCAAACACCAUAUAAUGUUGUUUCGUGCUUUGAGCUGCUUGAGAAUAGUCAGAUUGUGCAAUAUGACGACUGGUACGACAACAAUUUUAACUGCCUGUAGGGCAGCCUUACCACAGUUGAUCGAUGUUUCGAUCUUCAUUGCAUGUUUUUGGUUACUUUUUGGCAUUAUAGGUGUACAGUCUUUCAAGUCGUCACUUACCCGUCAUUGUGUGUGGACAAAUCCACAGAAUUCAACUGACACCUUCAUUAAUAGUGAACAAUAUUGCGGAUCAUACACUGAUCUUGAUGGCACUGCAAGACCCUAUCUAUUUCGAGAUGGGACAGAAUCAAGUUAUGUUAAAGGUUACCGCUGCCCUAAGAACUCAAAAUGUAUCAGUGGUGACAAUCCAUAUAAUGGUACGGUCAACUUUGAUAAUAUUUUGCAAAGUAUGGAGCUUGUAUUCGUUGUCAUGAGUGCAAACACUUUUACCGAUAUCAUGUAUUACACCAUGGAUUCUGACAAUUUGGGUGCAUGUUUGUUCUUCAUAUUUUGUAUCUUCAUCAUGACUGUUUGGUUGAUUAACAUUUUCAUUGCGGUUAUUGUCACAUCCUUUAACAUAACAAGAAUGGAACAACAAGAUCAAGAAAAACUGUCAAGAACAAGUACACUUCUAUUCUUGAAAUUUUUUGAUCGUACAGGCAGAAAGAAUCUCGCGAGACUUGAUGAAUUAAAACGCCUGCAUCGACCCUUACGAAUCUACUACAAGUUUGAAUUUGUUUUCGUAAUUGUGAUCAUUGCGGCCAUGUUUACUCAAUGUUUUCGAAAACAUGGCAUGGACGAUUACAGAAGGCAUUUACUUUACCGGUUCGAAUGUGUCUAUACGGUCAUACUUCUUGCUGAGAUAGUGAUCCGUUUUGCCAUGCAUUUACCUCAUUGGAGACUCUUUUUUGUCUCAAAUAGAAACUGCUUUGACCUAUUUCUAGCGGUCUUUACAUUUAUUAUUAUUAUUGAACCCGUUAAGGAUAAAUUGGGGCAAGGGUACUAUUGGCUCACUGUGUUCCAGCUAAUGAGAUUCUAUCGAGUGGUUUUGGCUACAAGCUUUACACGAGAUUUGUGGAUGAAAAUAAUGGUCAAUUUCCGUGCUCUUUUUGAUUUGACAUUGUUCUUUUUCAUUUUGACUUUUGUGGUCAGUAUUAUUGUUUCAAGAUACUACGAAGGAGCAAUUCCUGUGGAUGACAUCUCCGAUUUGGACUUCCCCUUGCACACCUUGCCCAAUACUUUCGUAGGGCUCUACACCAUCACUUCAACAGAGAACUGGACAGAUGUACUUUAUGGGGUACAAGAGUAUGCAACAACGACCUCUUACAGAUCUUUUGGAUCGGUUCUUUUGAUCUGUUGGUUUAUCGUGUCGAAUAUGAUCAUCUUGAAUAUUUUUAUUGCCAUCAUUGCUAAAACCUUGGAAGUUUCUGAAGAAGAUAAGCGGAAGGAGCAAUUACAUCAAUUUAUGGACAAUAUGACCACUCGACUUCAGACUCUCGAAACUGAAGUGGACUUUUUGUCUAGGUUCAAAAGCAAGUUUUUCAAAAGGAAUGCAAUUCGUGAUGAGCUCGAGAAGGCAGUUGUUAAUUUGCUUUUGAGUGGAACUGCAGUCAACGACUUUCUUGACACUAACGAAGAGAGCGAUUCUGAUGACGCUUUAGAAAGAGAUAACGGGCUGGUGUCUACCCUUUCAACGGUCAAAUGGAAACGCUGGAUACAAGUACGCAUGGCAAGACUAACGAGCCACUUGAGAAAUCCUUUCUUUGCAAAACAAACUCAUACUCAUAAUGUGACAGAUUUUGAUCCCGCUGCAUUUGCAAAGAACAUCAUUUCAGAUAGAAAUGUCUUGAUAAGCAAACAAAACAAAUUUUUACAAGAGAAUCCUAAUUUCAACAAGGUAUUCUAUAUUUUAGAACCAAGACAUCCUGUUAGGCGGUGUUGCCAACGUCUAGUGAAAUCCAGUCAUGGCGAGAGGAUUGAUGGAGUUGAACCAAACAAGAAGGUUUCAGAAGCCAUAGUGUUUUUUAUGUUUUUGGUUACGCUUGCCUUGGUGAUUGCUGCGUGUUACUUAACACCCUUAUACCGGAAGAGUGUUGACCAGGUACAUGGAAAGUAUAACUGGACUUUUUACUUGGACAACGGAUUCUUGGCUAUAUUCACAAUUGAGUUUUUGAUCAAGAUCUUGGCUGAUGGGCUUAUAUUCACACCCAAUGCCUAUGUCAUGUCUUCAUGGAAUAUCAUCGAUCUUUGGGUCCUCUUGGCUUUGUGGAUAGAGUUUAUUGCCUUCAUGCAAAAUGAUGGUAACUUAUCUCGAUUUAUUCGAGGUUUUAAGGCUUUGCGAGCAUUGCGGUUGUUAACGAUAAGUGAAGUUGCAAAAAACAACUUUCAGCACACCAUGAUUACUGGUUUCUGGAAGAUUAUCAAUGCUGCUCUUAUCUCGCUUUGUUUGCUCUUUCCGUUUUCAAUCUGGGGAUUGAAUGUUUUCAAUGGGCGAUUGGGAUACUGUCUCGAUGGGUCCUCAGAUCAAGAUCACUGUCUUAACGAGUACGAUAAUGAGGUUUUCAACUGGAAUAUCUACAGUCCUAACGUAUACACGAAUCCACAGUUGGAGUUUAAUCGAUGGGCCACAUCUUUUGCAACUUUCUUUGAAAUUGUUUCGCUAGAAGGCUGGACAGACCUUUUGAUAAACGUCAUGAAAAGCACCGGUGUUGGCACCCCACAGGAAGACUUUGCUUCACCAAUGAAUGGAUUCAUGAUAAUUCUUUUCAAUUUUGUCAGUAUGGUUUUCAUUUUGACAUUGUUCGUGUCUGUCAUUAUUAGCAAUUAUUCCAGAACAACUGGAAGAGCAUACAUGACCAAAAACCAAAUCUCGUGGUAUCAAAUCAAGAGGUUUUUGGUACAAGUGAGACCAUCAAAGAGAAUGAGCCUUGCAGAAAUGAGCACCUUUCGCAGAUUCUGCUAUAGAAUGACCGUUGAAAAAAACGUGAACUGGAGUCGAAUUUUGACUUGCGUUUUGACUGCCCAGGUGGCUGCAUUGUUAAUGGAAUGUUUUCCGUCAAGCACUGGAUUGGAUAAAGCCAGAACGGCAGUGUACAUUUUCGCUUCCACUUUUCUUCUUUUGCAAGCGAUUAUGAAAAUGAUUGGGCAAGGCUGGAGAACUUUUGUUAGAUACAAGUGGAACACGUUCAGUUUCUUUGUAUCCUUAGGUGCCUUCGUCACCUCUUUGAUUGGUCUUUUCAUAAGCGCAGAGAGUGCUUUUAUCAACAUUAACAAGUUAUUUUUGGUUGCAACCUUGACUUUCAUCAUACCUAGAAGUGACAGGUUGAGUCAACUUUUGCGAUUUGCUUCCGCAAGUUUACCGCUGCUUUUGUCGUUGUCUUUCACUUGGAUUGUUGUCUUUUUGGUUUUUGCAAUUGCCUUGAACCAAAUCUUUGGAUUGACCAGAAUUGGUCCCAACGGAACUGGCAAUCUCAAUCUCCGCUCUGUGCCGAAAGCAUUGAUUGUUUUGUUCCGGUGCAGUUUCGGGGAAGGUUGGAAUUAUAUUAUGGAAGAUUACACCAUUGAAGCACCAUUCUGUUAUUCAGCACAUAGUUUGGACGACAGUGACUGUGGUAACAAACAAUAUGCAUACAUCCUAUUUAUUGCGUGGAACUUAAUUUCCAUGUACAUAUUCUUGAAUAUGUUCGUUUCUUUGAUUUUGGACAGUUUCAGUUACAUCAACAGUGCAACUGCUUAUAGUCAUUUAAUUGACCGAGAAGAAGUCAGAGAAUUCAAACGUACAUGGCAAAAGUUUGAUCCAGAAGGUACUGGAUAUAUACGCCCAUAUUAUUUGCCAAAGCUUUUGCAUUCUUUAAAUGGUGCUAUAUCAUUCCACUUCUAUUCUGGGUCCCUCACUAUUCCUGAGUUGUGUAAGAAAUGGAUUACCAGAAAUGACAUUAACAAUCCCUAUGAUAUCACUAUCAACUAUAGUGCCGUUGAAGGAACCAUGCAGUCAAUGGAUAUUGAGAAAAUUAGAGAAAGGCGAAAGUUGUACGAAAUGUUCAUUGAAGAAGCACUUUUAACUAUGGAACUCAAUCAAGAUCCUGGGAUUUCUUUCACAAGAAUAUUGCUUCAGUUGCCGUUAUACACCUAUUUCGAAGCUGGAAGUUGUCUUGACUUGAUUGAUUUCUUAGAGAGAAGACUCCUUUUACAGAAGGUCAAGAAAAGGCUUCACACGAAGCGAGUCUACGAGACAAUUGCAGCUUAUUCUUGUCGUUGGAAGUAUGCAAAGGAUAGGCGAUUAGGCAUCCGUGAUACCAACAUUGAUUUCACAGAAAACUUGCGGAGAUCAAGUUACUUGAGUACCGAGUAUCCUGAGUCGCGGUCGUCUGGCUCUGACAGAAGCAGUCGAGUAGUUGAUGACUUCACCACCAUCCCACGAAAACCUGAUUUGUUCAAUGAUGAUGAGGCUGCUUCACCACUUCUUGAGGAAGACAAGAUGUACAUCCCCAACUCUCCGUUGCAUACCUAUAAUGGAAAGGGUUCCAGAGAGGGCGGAAGUGUUUCGAAUGUUCCGAAAUUUGAAGUACAUGACAUGGGGCUGAUUGACACUUUUGAACUGCCGUUUGCAGAUCCACAAAGAGGAAAGAGAAAAAGAGAUAAGAAUCUCUCGCUAAUAGAUUUGACGUUAGACGAAGAGGGUCAGAAGUAA